AUGCUCUCCAACCUGUUGCGGGCUUGUCUCGCUACUUCGCUGCUGGCUCAGCCCCUGCAUGCAGGCGUCAUCCCUGUCCGCCGACAGGCAACCUCCAAGACUUUCACGUCCACCGGCAACCCCAUCCUGGCCGAUGGCUCCAUCUACUCCGCCGACCCGGCGCCGCUCAUCGUCAAUGACACCCUCUACAUCCUCUCCGGCCGGGACGCCGCGGGCCCGACCGAGAACGGCUUCGUCAUGAAUGAGUGGCAGAUCUUCGAGGCCAAGAACCCCGACCCGGCCGGCGGAGACUGGACUCUGCACCAGGACGUCGCCCAGCCCGAGGCCAUCUUCUCCUGGGCCAGCGCCGGCACCGCGUACGCCAGCCAGAUCGUCCAGGGCGCCGACGGCAAGUUCUACAUGUAUGCCCCCGUGACCCAGGCGAGCAGCAGCGCCAAGGACCCCUUCGCCAUCGGUGUGGCCGUCUCCGACAGCCCCCUCGGCCCCUUCAAGGACGCCCAUCCCUCCGGCCCCAUCAUCUCCCAGACCGUCCCGUCCCCCGGCAACGACAUCCAGAACAUUGACCCCACCGUCAUGGUCGACACCGACGGCAAGGUCUACAUCUACUUCGGUACCUUCGGCUACCUCAAGGGCUACGAGCUCGACAAGGACAUGAUCACGAUCAAGGGCGAUGUUGUCGAUGUGGACUCUCUCACCGGCUUCUUCGAGGCCCCCUGGCUCAUGAAGCGCGACGACACCUACUACAUGCUCUACGCCGCCAACAACGCCGGCGCCGACUCUCCCUGCACCCCGACCAGCUACCACGCUUGCCUGGCCUAUGGUACCGCCUCUAGCCCCCUCGGUCCCUGGACCUUCCAGGGCGUCUUCCUCGACAUCAUCUCCUCCACUACUUCCCACCCGGGUGCCUACAAGUUGAGCAACGGCGACUGGGGCCUGGUCUACCACACCCGCGAUGCCGAGGGCGGCACGCACUUCCGCCGCUCCAUCGCCAUCGACAAGCUCACCUGGGACGACUCCGCCAAGCCCCCCGCCAUCAACAAGGUCGUCCAGACCAAGCGCGCCGCCGCCGCCAAGGAGCCCACCCGCAACGUCGCCCCCAAGGCCGUCGCCGCCUCCGAGGGCGAGACCCCCAUCCAGUACUGGAUCAAGGCCAUCAACGACGAGCGCGUCGAGGAGGCGCCCCUCCCGCCCGACUACUGGUCCUCCUACAACGCCGAGCAGUCCCCCAAGGAGAGCACCCUGACCCUCACCUGGAACGCGACCCAGGAGCUCAACGGCGCCGCCAUGGCCUUCUUCGCGGACCAGGCUGCCGGAUCCACCGUCGGUGUCGCCCCGCCUGCCUCGUGGAAGCUCGAGUACAAGGACGGCACCGCGUGGAAGGCUGUCGACGCGACUUCGUACCCUACGGAUGUCACUGAUACGCCUGCCGAGGUCAAGUUCACCAAGGUUUCUACGACUGCGCUGAGAGCUGUCCUCACUGCGUCUGGUAGCAGCACGUAUGCCGGUGUCGCUGUCAAGGAGUUCUUCGCCUACGCUCCCACGGCUGCUUAA